AUGGAAAUGGGUCUUAGGAUCCAGUCCAUUCCAACCAUUGAGCCUUAUAGAGAAAUGAGCACUAUUGAAAAUACCUUUAGAAAAUGGAAUCACCCUGUAUUGUUGGCAGCAUGGGUUCAAAUUCAUGCGGCACAAAGUUUAAGCUCACAUUUUGUUUUUACCCUAAACCGCCGACAAAACCUACCAAAUACUCACUAA